CCUUUCAUCCUCCGCUGCCAACGACCUCAAUCCUGCUCAAUUGCCCUUCCGGCAGUAUCCACAUCUGCCGUGGCCGCUUGCUCCGUCUAUUUCGCUACUUAAUCCCUCGCCAGCCCAUAUCUAUCCACCAUGUUGCGUACCUCGCUCAUCCGCGCUGCCGGUGCCUCGACCCGUGUCCUCCCCUCGUCAUCGUCAAGCCUCGCCCCGAGAUUCAUCGCGCCCAUCACCCAGGCCGAGCCGUGCAGGCGUUACGCUCAUGCCAUCUCAAACCCGACGUUGGCCAAUAUCGAGCAGCGAUGGGAGGCAAUGCCGCCGCAGGAUCAGGCCGACCUGUGGAUGCAGCUGCGUGAUCGGAUGAAGGUGGACUGGAAAGAACUCACCCUUCAGGAAAAACGUGCCGCUUAUUGGAUCGCCUUCGGCCCCCACGGCCCUCGAUCUGAGGCUCCCCCCGGAGAGAACUGGACCGUCAUCCAAUACACCCUCCUCGCCAUUGUUGCGUCGGCAGUUCUUUUCGGUGCAACCAGGCUGGUUGCCAAACCGCCUCCACAUACCAUGACUAAGGAAUGGCAAGAGCAAUCAAACGAAUACAUGAAGGAAAAUCGCAUCGAGCCUCUCACCGGUAUCAGCUCCGAAGGAUACAAGGGAAAAGGCGUGGUCCAAAGCAAUUAAGUGCCGACAGACGUCCACGGCGGGAAAAGUGCAUCUUUUGUUUCGUGUCGUGGUCCAUCGAUUUCCUUUGUACGUGUAUCAACGCUCCAUUAGAUCGGAUCCAAGCGAAUCGGAUUGCGCGAGAGGGGUUGCGUGUGUCAAUAGCGUUAUCAAGCCAAUGGAAGGUGUGUAGAUUCAGU